UUAUUAGGGUCCAUAUAAAAAGAAAGGCCACAUCGAAUUAGACCUCCAAAAGCAACACCAAGAACAAAUUUGAAAUUUGAAAUUCCGAACUCGAUCGAUCGCAGAGAAGGAGCAAAAUCAAAGAUGGCGUCAACGCGAGGAGGGUUGAAAGAUUUCUACAAGCAAAGGAAAAGCAGUGGAAUCUCCAAAGCAAAGGCUUCAAAGCCCUCUUCUAGGAAAACCAAAUCUCCGGCCAACUCUGCAUCUUUGGGCUCCAAUGCCGUCCAACCGGCUGCUCUCGUUUCUCACGGAUCCCUCGACCUUCAAGAUGAUUAUGGCGAGUCUGAGAAUAUGCUGAGGCAAUUUGAUAUGAACAUGGCAUAUGGACCAUGCCUCGGAAUGACCAGAAUGGCACGGUGGGAGCGUGCCUGUAGUCUUGGUCUGAACCCUCCAAAAGACAUUGGGACACUCUUAAAGGCUGGAAAAGUGCAGUUGGAGUGCUUAUGGGAUUCUCGAGUUUAAACUUCUAAGCUUGGUGUGUUAUUUUUGUUUAAUGUAUGAAGUGUACGCUGUGCUUAUGCUUUUGGACAAAAUGGUUCAGCCCCUAGCUGAAACGAUGAUCACUUUUCCUGUGAUAUGAAUGGGCUUAGAAUGUUUGCUGAUGACAGCUCCCUUAGUUAUUUACUUCUUACUUAUGUUGAAAACUUAUAACAAGUAGUUGUAUAGUUAAAUUUGGUGAUAUUUUCCUUU